GGCCGACACGUCCAGCAGUUAUAUACGUCCCAAGAAACAACGUGAGGUUUUAUUUAUUCGUUUUGGCCCAACUCAAUUAAUUUAACUAUUAUCUCAACUUUAUACAUCUCGAUUUUAAUUAUAUUAAAUGCAAGGGAUUUAUGAGAAAUAAUUUUGCAAUAGAGCCCUGUACAUUUUUUAUUUGACUACAAAUUAAACCGGAUGACUUAAAGUGUUACACAGAGUCAGUUGCGUUCAAAACAACGUGGGUUUGUUGAAACAUAAGGAAAACAACACUCACACUACGUCAACACCGUUGGUCGAAAUGGAGAAAACGGACUCAACACCGCAGCAAGAGCGCCUCUACCUAGACCACCCCUCCACCUCCGAUCUCCCUCUCCACACCUCCAUCACUCUCUUCCUCCUCUCCUACUGCGAGUGCAAGUCUUUCCAAGUGUUCCUCGUCUCCUCCAACCCCCGCGGCUCCCCCCGGUGUUGGGGGACGCGGGUGCCAGAGUUCCUGGGGGUGUCGGAGGUGUGCGUGGAGGACCUCCCCGGGCUGGUGAGGGUCUGCCGUCUGCCGGCCGUGCUGGACGGGGCAGGGAGGUACUGCAGGGCUGGGCUGGCUGUGGUGCUCAGACACAUCGUCAGCAGGACGGUGGAGGCUGACUCUUGCAGGGGGGGCGUGUCUGCACUGCUGGGUUUCAAGAGCACGUGUCUGAAAGCCUGCGCUGAGGUGAGCCCGUGGACCAGGUUGUGUGAACUCAGCAUCCCCUCAGCUGUGGAGUCCCUCCUCCUGCGGCCCUCCGACCAAUCCCUGCUCCUCCCCGACGCCAUCCUCCAAUUAGAGAAGACGCUGGGCGAGCCAGUCAAGGUUCACAACAAUGACAAGAUCCGCCGGCAGAAACUACGCCUGAAAAAGAAGGAGGAGGAGGAUGGUUCAGAUCCUCAGGAGAGCUCAGGCACCGCCCCCCGCCCUCCUACCCUGAACCCGGAGCCCUCGGACGGGCUAGAGCUGCAGGCUGCACUGGCCAAGCUCUCGGUGGGUGCAGUUCCACCUCCGUCCACCAGAGAGUGCUCUGAGAUCAGGAAGGUGAAAACCGCGGCGCUGCCUGCCCUGGAGCAUGUCUUUGCGGAGGGGCUUUACUUCACUCUGACAGACAUGGUGUUGCUGCCCUGCAUACAUCACUUCCUGAUCUCCCUCCAGACCCAGGGGUCCUCCAGCAUGCUAUCCCAGCUGCCCCUCCUGCUGCGCUGGUACCUCCGCGUCCAGGAAGUUCCUGGGGUCGCCCUGGCUGCCGAGGCCUGUGGUCUGGUCCUCUCCUCCCCCCAGGCACCCUCGCCCGGCCCCCCUGCCCCAGCGCAGCCUCUCCUGAUCGGUGAAGCGCAGCAGGAAAGCCCGGGGACCGGCCAGGUGGCCUUCGUCGGAGGCCCCAGACCCACGAUGACUAAACUGAAAGGCCGAGGCAUCGAGGCCAUCUUCUCUCCUCAUCCCUGUCCAUCCUGGUCUCUCUCCUGGGACUGUCUCCCUGCCUCCGUGAACCCCACUGAAGGAAGGUACUUCUGA